AUGUCCUCUUCAAUCCCAUCCCUCAUCGUCUGCGGCUCCCAAACAAUCCCUCCCGCACGAGAAACCCUGGACCAACUUGCCUCUUACUUGACGCAAAGCUCAAGCCCAGAAUUAAACGCCAUAAGGGAGGUAAUACUGGCUCUUCCGGAGCUAUGGACUACCCUGAAGGCUACCGAGCCCCUGUUCCACGCACUACCAGAUGAACCGAUUAUCAGUUUGAGGGAUUGGCUUUCACGCCAUGAUACUGGCAGUGAGGGUUAUAGUGAUAGUUACAACAUUCCGCAUCUCAACAUACCUGACACACUGCCGAAUAUCCUCCUCGCCCCGUUGACGGUCGUAAUACACAUUGCGCAGUAUUCGCGGUAUCUAGACGGUCUUGGUCUGGAUGGUAGUGACGAUGCCCACGUCCAUAUACGGAAUCCUACUGCUGCUCAGACAACAGAUAUAGGAACAAAAUUCCAGGGCCUCUGCAUCGGUUCGCUGAGUGCCGCAGCGCUCGAUGCCUCGCCAACACGGGCAGCACUCGUGCAGAAUGCUGCAGCUGCUGUGAGGCUUGCGGGGUGCAUUGGGGCUUACAUUGAUUCUGGCAGAUUGACUGACUCUGGCUCCAAGUCCUGCUCUGAAAUGGUAUGCGUUAUUGCGCGGUGGGGCGUGGACUGUUGUAGAGAAAUGGUGGAUGGGAUAUUGAGUCGGUAUCCUGAGGCCUAUAUAUCAGUUGAACUAGACUACAACAGCGUAACCAUCACAGUUCCAACCGGUGAUCUGCCCUCUCUGCAGGAAGACUUAAGCAAAAAAGGCGCGCGAGUGGCAAGCGUCCCAGUCAAUGGGCGGUACCACAACAAGAGUAAUGAUCAUUCUCUGCAAAGCCUGCUGAGAUUAUGCCUUUCUGACCCUUCCGGCCCAUUUUGGGUUCCAUGGGGCCAAGAUAAACUAGAGAGCUGCCUACGGUCAAUACUCACGGAGCCGGCGGGGUGGUUCUCGGAUAUGUCGAAAACAAUCAAUUCACUUCCACCGGCUGGAACACAGACGGCAAUAACAACGUUGGAACUAGGGCUUGUGAGCUGUAUUGCCCCGUCCCUGGCGGCGCUGCCUCAUCACCGUAUCAGCCGUGGAACACUGUCCCCAUCCACUCGUCCCUACAACUACCCAGAUACUUCAAUUGCCAUCAUCGGCGCAGCAUGCAAAUACCCUGGCGCCCACAGUCUAAACCAGCUGUGGAACAUCAUUGCGACAGGGCAGGUCAUGUACGGCGAGGCUCCUCCAGGCCGGUUCGGAAAAGAGACUGUGUCUGGCAACUUCCUCACGGACGCUGAUCAAUUCGAUUAUGGCCUUUUUGGAAUAUCUCCGCGCGAAGUCGUGUACAUGGACCCGCAGCAACGCAUUGCUCUGCAGGUCGCUUACCAGGCUGUUGAGUCGAGUGGGUAUUUCGGCAGCCCUAAUCCAGAUGGUGAUGUUGGGUGCUAUGUUGGAGUCGGAAGCUCCGACUAUGAAUAUAAUAUCCAUUCCAACACGCCGACGGCAUACUCAUUUACGGGGACAUCACGGGCUUUUGUAAGCGGUCGAAUAAGCCACUACUUCAACUGGACAGGCCCCUCUAUCACCAUCGACACUGCCUGUUCCUCGUCCGCGGCAGCAAUCCAUCAAGCCUGCAGCGGUAUCGUUCUGGGAGACUGCGCUGUUGCACUAGCUGGAGGGGUGAAUAUCAUGACAAGCCUCCCAGCAGACCGGAAUAUUGCAGCUGCGGGGAUGACGAACUCGACUAGGCCAUGUCGGCCAUUUGAUGCAGAUGCUGCUGGGUACUCUCGCGGCGAGGGAUGCGGGUUUAUCGUGCUGAAGCGUCUCUCCGAUGCUCUUUCUCAGGGCGAUAAUGUCCUCGGUGUGAUUGCGGCAACGGCGACAAACCAGUCGGAUGGGAGUAGUUCCAUUACUGUUCCUGUCUUGCAGUCUCAAAGUGAUUUAUACAGACGGGUUUUAUCUCGCGCGGCUAUGAGCGCAUCUGAUGUCUCUUAUGUCGAGGCCCAUGGCACUGGGACACAGCGGGGAGACCCAGUUGAAUAUCAAAGUGCUAGCGAGGUAUUCGGCAGUGGGAGGUAUCGGGCAAAGAGCCACAAGGUCCACAUUGGCUCUGUGAAGGCCAAUAUCGGGCAUACGGAGGCUGCAUCCGGAGUAGCCGGGGUGUUGAAAGUCCUGUUGAUGCUCAAGCAUGGCCAGAUCCCACCGCAGGCAGGCUUUAGCAGUCUGAACCCCGCGAUUCCAUCUCCAGACACUCGUCAGAUAUCAAUCGCCACACGCCUGGAGCAGUGGAGAAGCAACUUCCGGGCAGCGUGCGUCAACAACUAUGGGGCAGCUGGUAAUAAUACUGCCAUUGUUAUAUGCCAGCCUCCGUCAAAGACCCUGCCCUCCACGACAGAUACGACGCAAGCCCUAACUCGCUACCCCUUUCUUAUAUCCGCGCAGUCCCACGUUAGUCUGAAAAGAUACUGCCUCAUCCUUGCUCAGUAUAUUGAGACGAUAUCAAAAUCUCUCUCGUUGGCCGAUAUUUUCUCUCUUGUUGCGCAGCAGCAGAACCGCAGCCUACGCCACCGUAUAGCUUUCAGCGCAAGCUCACUAUCAGAGCUACAGGUCCUCCUAAAAUCCCACGCCCAAGCUGCCGAAGAAACAUCGGCACUGCUACCACCGUCUCCCAGAAAACAAGAAAAGCCUAUUGUCCUGGUGUUCGGCGGCCAGACCGGCUCGACGCUUCACUUCAGCAAAGCAGUGUACGACUCGGCUUACUAUCUCCGUCAGAACGUGGACAGGUGCGAUGCGCUGAUCCGAGGGAUGGGAUUACCCAGCUUGUUCCCUGGGAUAUUCAGCCAAGAACCCGUUGAAGAUAUAGCAAUGCUUCACGGCUGCCUGUUUUCAGUGCAGUAUGCCUGCGCUAAAGCCUGGCUAGACGCAGGGCUUUCGGUCCACAGGGUCAUCGGCCAUAGCUUUGGGCAGCUAACCGCGAUGUGUAUUUCUGGCGUUGUUACUCUCGAAGAUGCAUUGAAGCUUGUUGUCGGACGGGCGAGUCUAAUCAGGGAUUACUGGGGCGAUGAGAAGGGGUCUAUGCUCUCCGUCGAGGUUGACAGAGCCGGUGCAGAAGCCCUGGCGUGGUCAGAAUCAAGCCUAGGAGACGACUCUAUAGAGGUUGCUUGUUAUAACGGGCCAAAUCACCAUGUUCUCGUGGGCAGCGAGUUGGCUAUCGCGAACGUCGAGACGAGAGCAUCAACGGCAUCGCUGACCACCAGAAGACUCAAGACCACCCAUGGCUUUCACUCUAAACUCGUGGACCCCCUCACAGUGCAGUACUUGGACCUAGCCCGUACUGUUUCUUACAAUAGCCCCGUUAUCCCUAUCGAGACCUGCUCUGAGACUACCUCCUGGAGUACAUUCACCCCACAGCUGGUAGCCGAGCAUUCGCGCAGGCCAGUCUACUUCUGCGACGCGGUACGCCGGAUAGAACGAGACCUUGGGCCAUGUAUCUGGCUAGAAGCGGGCUCUGGCUCUGGAGCAGUUAUACUAGCGAAGCAAUCGCUAACCAGCAAGUCGAACUACGCUUGCGGACUGCAGCUGGGGGUAUCAAAUACGAAUACAAAUCCAUUGGACUCGGUUGUCGAUGCCACCUUGGAGCUUUGGAAUCGGGGGUCAUCUGUGCAAUGCUGGGCAUAUCAUCCCAGAAAUCUUGUCUAUUCUAGUGAUCUCCUAGACCUCCCAGGCUACCAGUUUGAUACAAGCUCGUAUUGGCUUCCCUAUGCCACUGAUCCUAUCAAGAACAAACACUUUUCAUCACAAAUCGACGGGUUAAUCUCGCUGGCACGUCUCUCACGCCCGGAACCCCAUGUCUCCAAGUUCGACCUUGAUCAGAAAGACUGGAUCCUUGCACAUAUCCUCAGAGGGCGCGAGGUUCUGGGCGGAACUCUCUGGCCGCUUGCACUGUACAUGGAAGUGGUUGCUCAAGCAGCCGCUCUCCUAACACCCAGCAUUCCCUCAACAUCUCGCCAUAUACGAUUCGCUGGGCUGGAAAUCAAAAGGCCUCUCGGCUCUGAUUUGUUAAAUGGUCUUUGCUUGCGUUUGAAACAGGCUGAAACACGGUGCUGGGAAUUUUCGCUAGAGAGUGAUUGCGCGCAGCAUGCCAUUGGAACCGUCUUCUAUGAACAUGAACAUACCAACAUGUUCCCGUACCACAUUUCCAGUCUCCCGGAUUUCGCUGCCACUACCGCCGUCUUCUCAGCUCCAGGAGGCGUAGCAUAUAAGCUUCUCGAAAAGGUAGCAGAAUACGACCCUGCAUACCGCGGCCUCGAGUCAAUUAGCAUGAACGAAGAUGCAGCCAUUGCCCGUGUGCAUAUUCCGCCAGCAGCGGGAAAUACAAAAUUCGUCGACAGGACCAUUACUCUCGACCAGUUCCUUGUAGUCGCUGAGAUCCACGCCCUGAGUAUGGUGGAAUACGUGAAACGCUCCGAGGUCUUUGCCUGCUCCGGCUUCGGCGAAGCAGCCAUUUCUGCGAGGUUCAUGGGGACAACAGCAAGAAACCGCGGACAAACCUGGCAGGUGUAUACCAGGCAGUCGGGUAAACGGGGUCGAGAGAUUUUUUACGAUACCUUUGUGUAUGAGGCCGGUGAGAGCGAGGGCGGGGAAUCUGGAUCUGGAUGUCUGGUUUUAGCCCUAACUGGUACGAGGUUCAUCAGGACUUCAACGAGCGCGCUUCAACAGAUUGUUGAACUGGCCAAUGCUGCGUCAGUAUCUCCUGGAACUGAGGAAAUCGCUACCAAUCCUGAUCCUUUACAAUUCCAAGAGGGAUCGACCAGUGUCUGGUCAUCGACCGUGACUUUGCUGCACGAACUCACGGGCUGUGCUCCAGAGCAAAUCUCGCCUCAAACAACCCUAGCAGAUAUGGGAAUGGACUCUCUAGCCGUUUCGGAAAUCGAAGCCAGGAUCAGGGAUGUAUUUAAUGUGGACAUCCGCAUCAGCCCAGCCGAUAUGGGGAGCACUGUCGAGACAAUCUGCGACAGAAUUGCAGCACAAACAAGCCCAAGUCCCAGCCUGGUUAAUGUUGUUGACAAGUCGACCUCGAAUACGACUUCAUCUUCCUCUCAGUGCACUCCGUCCUCUUUCGAAUCCGACAGCGAGACUCAGGCCACGGAAAUGAGUCUACAUGCUCCAACCAUGGAAAAGGUAGCUAGGAUAGUGGCCACCCAUGUGGGCAGUGGGGAGGCCGUGCUGUCCAGCUCGCGGCUUCUCAGUCUCGGCCUUGACUCUCUGGCUGUUCUGGAGUUGCAGUCGGAUCUUUAUGUCAAUUUUGGAGUCAGAGUUCAGUUGAUGCAGCUUGAUUGCAGCACGACGAUCGGUGGUUUGCAUGCGUUAGUUAUGCGUCGUGGCGUGCGUGAGAAUAUAUAUAACGGGGUUGUCUAG